GACCAGAUUACUUGCUAACAAGAAUCUUACAAAUACUAUUUGAACACCUUUCUUCUAUCUCACUCUCACUUUGCUAGCUUCUCCACUUUUUUUUUUUUUUUUUCAUAAGUUAACAUAUUUCGUGCAACUCGAUUAAAUCAUAGGACCUACCACCUAACAUUAGUAACUAGCAACAGUCCCACCUAACACUAGUAACAGAUAUAAGGUAAUUCUGUUCAUCGAUACUUUGCUUCUCCAUAGGUUUAAGAUAUAUAUGUGGCUGCAACUUUCAUUUGGCAUCAUUGACAUUGAGGUUUGGUUUUACCAAUUUGGUUGAAAUGGAUCCAAGGUUUAAUGAUCAUCCGAGUUCUUUGAGUAAUUUUCGACUAGGAAACCAAUACCUGCCUAUUUCUUUAGAUCAGAGGAUGAGAAAUGGACCAAGAUGUGGACUUAUUUAUUCAGAUCAGAUGCUACUCAAUGGUCCUAGGUUGGAAAAUAGUUUUGUGCAGCACAAUUUGGGUGCUGUUGGAUUUAUAAGCGGUGACCGUUUACCAACUAAUGUGGAGUCAAGAACUAACCUUGGCGCUGAGGACGACUUCAAUGAAGAUAUUGAUUUCUCGGAUGCAGUGUUGAGCUAUAUAAAUCGGAUGCUAAUGGAAGAAGACAUGGAGGACAAGACAGACAUGCUUCAAGAGUCCUUGGAACUUCAAGCCAAAGAGAAGUCAUUCUAUGAGGCCCUUGGCACGAAGAAUCCACCAUCACCUCAUCAAAAUUUGUUUACUGAUCGGAACAGUGAGAGUCCUGAUGACUAUGUUGCUGGAAGUAUAUACAAUUCAACAAGUAAUACAAUUGACAGUAGUAGUUACCUAGUUGAUUCAAGGGCGGUUAACAUUUCCAAGGACUACAAUUCCUCUUGCUUCAAAGUCCCUUCAUUUCAUGAUACCUCGUAUUCUUCAGUAUGCUCAUCAAAUAGUGGUAAUAUCGUAGAUGGAUUCUUAGACUCUCCUGUUUGUUCUUUUCAUAUUCCUGAUACAUAUGAUGAGAGUCGAUCUAUGUGGAACUUUCAUAAAGGAGUUGAAGAAGCAAGUAAGUUCCUCCCAACUAGUAAUAAGUUGUUGAACAGUGUAGAUAUAAAUAACUUGCCACCUCGGGAGCUCAAAACACAAGCUGCUUAUGCAGCUGCUCAGGUGGAAGAAAAGGAUGAGGGAGAGGCUUCACCAACUGAGGCAAGAGGGAAGAAAAAUCCUCAGAGGGAGGAUAAUCAUAUCGAAGAAGAAAGGUGUGGCAAACAGGCAGCGGUCUUUACAGAAUCAACUCUACGAUCUGAGGAGUUUGAUAUUGUCUUGCUUCAUAGCAUGGGGAAGGGAGAGGAAGCUCUGGAAGCUUAUCGACAAGACCUGAGGAAUGCUAAAUGCAUUAAUACAGUGCAGAUAUCAAAAGGAUCAAAAGGAGGAAAGGGCCGUGGAAAGAAACAGGGUAGAAAGAAGGAAGUCAUAGACUUGAGAACUCUCUUGCUAAAUUGUGCACAGGCUGUUGCUGCCGACGAUUACAGGACAGCAAAUGAACUGUUAAAACAGAUCAGACAACAUUCGACCCCUUUUGGAGACGGAAACCAGAGAUUGGCUCAUUGCUUUGCAGAUGGUCUUGAGGCGCGCCUGGCUGGUACUGGUAGCCAGAUUUAUAAAGCACUUGUCAAUAAACGAACAUCUGCAGCAGAUCUGUUGAAGGCCUACCAUUUGUAUCUUGCAUCUAGCCCUUUCAGUAAGAUCUCAAGUUUUGCUUCAAAUAGGUCAAUCAUGAUAAAGGCAGAGAAUGCGACAAGGGUUCAUGUCAUUGACUUUGGCAUCCUGUAUGGUUUCCAGUGGCCUACAUUCAUCCAACGUAUUGCAGAAAGAGAAGGAGGGCCACCAAAGCUUCGUAUUACUGGUAUAGAGUUUCCUCAACCAGGCUUCAGGCCAGCAGAACGGAUUGAGGAAACAGGUCGCCGUUUGGCUGACUAUGCUCAGUCCUUUAAUGUUCCAUUUGAAUAUCAUGCAAUUGCAAAGAAAUGGGAGACCAUCACAGUCGAGGAUCUAAACCUAGGCAAGGAUGAAUUUCUUGCUGUCAACUGCUUGUAUCGCUUUAAGAACCUGCAUGAUGAGGCUGUCAAAGUUGACAGUUCAAGAACUGUCGUUCUCAACCUCAUAAGGGAGAUCAAUCCAGAUAUCUUCAUCCAUGGUGUUGUCAAUGGGGCCUAUAGUGCCCCUUUUUUUGUCACACGAUUUCGUGAGGCCUUAUUCCACUUUUCAGCACUUUUUGAUAUGCUUGAAACUAUUGUUCCCCGUGAGAUUCCAGAAAGAGGAUUAAUUGAGAGAGAGAUCUUUGGGAGGGAAGCCCUGAAUGUCAUAGCUUGUGAGGGGUGGGAAAGAGUUGAACGGCCAGAGACUUACAAGCAGUGGCAAGCUCGUAUUCUGGGGGCAAGGUUUACACAGAUUGCUUUUGACCGGGAGGAGUUCGUGAAUAGGGCUGUAGAAAAGGUGAGGUUAGGAUACCAUAGAGACUUUAUAAUUGAUGAAGAUAGCCAGUGGUUGUUGCUGGGGUGGAAAGGAAGAACAGUUUACGCCAUAUCUUGUUGGAUACCUGUUUAAGAAACUUGAAACACAUACUUCCUUUUGAAUCCCAAGUCCAUCCACAUUAGUUGCAGACGAAAUUCCGUUUUUGUAGAUGGCUGCUCAAUGUGAUGCUUGCAGAAGUAACACAAAAUCAUUUGGUUGCCAAACCCCUCAGUUUCUAGUAUGGACAGGACUAAACGUUACUGUUUACCCUUCAAUAACGAACUGAUAAUCAUACAAGAUGAGGUUCUAUACAUGUUCCUGGAGAUGAUCAUCAGCAUACAAAAUGAGGUACUUGAUCCUGAAAUGGAAUGAUUGAUUGAGACGAUAUCCCAUAGAAGAAUGACCGUUACGAUACAAAUCAUAAGUUGAAGAGCUAGCUGACAAGCCGUAGAUGCAGAGUGUGCAGCAGAUAUGUAUUCCGAAAUUUUGGUGAACUUAGCAAUAUAUAUUAGUUUGUUCAAUAUA